UUUUUGAAGAAGACGGUGUUAUAAAAACUAUCCACACCAAGUUAAUGUACCAAAAAUUACGUGACUUUUUCUAAGCGUGAAGGAAUGUAGAGAAGAUAUUUUUCUGCAAGUGACGUCACAAUAAAAACAGUUUGAUUUAAUAUAGAUAAAUUGAAAUUAUAAUAAAAUUAUUGAUACAAAUGGAACUAACGUUCAGAACUAUGGUGGUGUUAUUUUACAAAUUACUGUUUCUAUCGCAGAUUUUAAAAUGCGGUUACUGUUUCAUGCCGACACGGAGCUCGGCGAUUUUGGAAUCCGACUUUACCAUGGAAGACAUUAUAAGGACAGGACUGUCCGAUCUGACAAGUGAAUACUUUGGCGCGGAAGAUGGAGAGUCUCGGGAAGAAGCAAUAUCAGGAAUAGUUCAGGCAUGUAACAUGGUCGGUUACACCCAACGUGAAAAUCCUAUUUGGUCAUUCUCCGACGAAAAAAUAUCAGAAGGUCAUGAUCUUCUAGUGUCAAUACGAGAUCGUAUAGUUCAACAGUUAUCACAGCUAACCCCUGAUUAUAGUGCAGCACGAGAAACUUUGGGGCAGAUUUAUUAUCCCCUGUUGAAAUUUUACAGUAACACAAACUGGGUGGAGCUUGGAGAUAAAGGAAUAUACAAGAGUCUGGGUAUCCCUGGAAGACACAUGAUUCCUGUCGCACCCAGUAAUAUAGACAUGUGCAUUGCAUGUGGGUAA